GUUGGUUGCGCUGCGAGUCGUUCCCUGUCAGCCAAUUUGCUCUUGCGGCGUGACACGUGUGGGCCCUUACAUGCAUCUCCAAGCGUGAACCCGCUUUCGGCCAGGUGCCAAUGGUGUCGGUGUACCCGGGAGGAACACAGCACGUGCAGGACAAGGGUGAUCAAUCAUAAUGGCGGUCCCACCCGCCCAGCAGCAGAGCGGCGUUGAAUCUAAUCAGCAGUCUGCUACAGGUACUCUGUCGGACCUUGUGAAGGACAUGGUGAAGGAGAUGGACGGGGACGACUUCUACUCGACCACGACGGACUUGUAUGACGAGUCUGCAGAGGAGCACUGGUUCAAAAUCGACAUCACCCUUGAGCCCGACGGCGAGGGCCUAGCCGCCGGCGAAGAUCCGCCGCCGCCCAUCCAUGCGGCAUCUCUACGCAAGCCAUGGUCGGAGUUCCAGCGGCUACACUACCUCCUUCUCGCCGAUGAGUUCGGCUGCGAUGAGGCGGUCAAGGAAAAGCUACCGGCGCUUCCAGCCCGCCCCCCUACAGCAGUGGCCAGGGGCGGUGUCGCAGGCAUCAGCAGCUGUGGCAGCGGCGGCGGCGGCAGCGGCGGCGGCGGCGGCGGGGGCAGCGGCAGCACCGAUGGCAGCUUCGGCAGCAGCAGCGUAAACAGCAGCAGCAGCGCUGAACUUGCUCAAGGUCUCGAUGCCUACCUCAAGGCGCUGUUGACUGUGCCUGCCGUCAUUCAAAGCCAGGUCUUCAGCGGUUUCCUAGCAGAGAGCGGCGGCGGCGGCGGCGGCGAUGGUUCGGCCGGGGCUUGCAGCGCUAGCGAGGAAGCGCGGAAGAGCCCCGAAACAGCGAUCGAUUUCCUGCUGCAGCCGUUCGAGUACGGCAGGGCGUACGUGCCGCGGCGGGCGGAGCACACGGAGAGCAUCGACGUUCUCCGCGGCGAGAGCGUGGUGUGGAAGUUCGAGGUGCUGGACCACCUAGACAUCGACUUCUCGGUCACGUUUCGACCCCACCCGCUGGCGGCGUCCUCCCGCAGGCCGCUCGAGGCGGACGAAGACGGCGGCCGGCCACCGACAGCGGAAGAAGCAGAAGACCUCGGUGUUCUCGACACUGGAGUGGGCUUGGCGAGUAGUCCGGGCCCCAGAGGCGUCGGCAACGGGGGUGUAGCUGCGUCAUCGGCGAACGGCGACAGCGGUAGCACCGAGGCCGGGAGGAAGCGUUCGAGAUGGUGGAGCAGAAGCGGCGGCUGCGGAGGUGCGGCGGGGGAAGCAGUUGGUGGGACUGGAGUAGGGGCCGUGAGCGCGCCGAAGGGUGAGACCGUGCACCUGCCGACGAGGUAUUCUACUGGGGGGGGCGAUCCGGUGCAAGGGAGCUUCAGCUGCCCCGCGGCCGGGACGUGCAUACUGCGUUGGGACAACGCCUUCAGUCGAUUGCGCGGGAAGCGACUUUGCUUCGUGUUUGAGUCUGUCACCGUGCAGACGAUGCAGGCGGCCAUCGAGGCCGCGGGCGCGGCCGAUCACAAGAGGCGCGCCGCGCGUAGCGCGGCAGCGCAGACCAUCCUGGACAGCGGGCGGGGCGAGGUCAAGGUCUGCGUGACGGCAGUCGGGGCCGCAGAUGACUAUAGCGGCGGCGAAGAAGACGGGAAAGAAGGUAACGACGGCGGCAUUUACUCUGUGAGCGCCGGAAGCUCCGACGCGAUCUACUACAGCAGCCUCUACAGGUUCGGGCGUGUCCGGAGGGUAGUGGCAGGUCUGCUGCGAGAUCUCGGCGGCAUGGUUGAUGUUACGAGAACCAGUGGCGGAAUCGACGGUGCUGCUAUUGCGGAAAGCGGCCGUGGCGGUAGCGGCAGCGGUAGCAGUGGCGGCAGCGCCUUUGACGUGGGAAGAGGUUCUGCGGGGAGGGGCGACAGGUACGGGAACGUUAACGCGGAGGGCGUUGCCAAGCUCGUGGCGCAGUUUGAGCUCUUGGAGGACGAGGUGGCCUCGGUCUCGGCUCGGCGGGCGCAAAGUGAGGCGCAGGCGAAGGUGCUGCUCGCGAACCUGCAGAAGUCCAACGCUAGGACCGAUAGACUCGAACGAAGCCUCGAGGAGACGCGGGAGGACCUCUCGACGGUUCGCGAGACCCUGCGCGAGACCGAGACCGCUAGGGACGAGGCGGCGGCGGCCGCGACGGAGGCCGGCGCCAGGCUGCAGACGUCCGAGGAGCAGCUUCUUCGCGCGAGACGGCAGCACAACCUCCUGCAGGCCGAGCGGAGCGUGUGGCACGUCGCUCGGAGCGGCAUCCAAGAGGAGCUGGCGAAGGUUGUAGCCGAGCUGGAGCAAGAGCGACAUCGCCACGAGGACACGAGCCGCGCCCUCGCCAAGUCCCACGAGUCCCGCGCGCACGCCGAGGCGGAGGCGGCGCGCCUGUCCCGCCGGCUGGAGGAGGAGCGCGGGGGCGCCGGGGGCGCCCGGGCGGCCCUCGCGGCCGAGCGCGAGGCCUCUCGCCUCGCCCGCGAGGAGGCCGAGGACGCCCGCACCGCCGUCGCCGAGCUGGACGCGGCGGUGGCGGAGCUGGGGGCGCAGAAGCGCGUGCUCGUCGCGGGGCUCCGCGCCCGCGAGCGGGCUUUGGGGGACCGCUGCGCCGGCGCCGAGGCCCGGGCCGAGGAGGCCGCGAUGAUGCGCCGGGCGGCGGAGGCCCGGGUGCGGGAGCUGGAGGAGGAGGCAGAGAGGCGGGAGGCGGCCCAGGCGGACGGGGAGGUACGGCUGCAACGCCUCCGGGCCGAGAAGAAGGUUCUUCUGGCGGAGGUUCGGCGGGGCGCGGGGGGGGAGGGAGGGGGGGCUGCUGCGGGGGUGAGCGCCGGAGGGGACGGAGGGAAGGAGAGCGAGGGCGUCGGUAGCUUGAGGGGGGUUGUGGGGGAUGACGCGCGCGGCCGAGAAGGCGCUGGUGGCGGCAGCGGUGGCAGCAGCCGUAGAGGUUCUCUCUCGCCGCGAUCUUCCGGCAAGAACGUCCAAGAUAACAAGGCACGCCGUUGA